AUGGUCAUGGCCCAUAACAAUGUCGAGGAGACUGGGAGAACACCGCACUGGAUGGGGAAAAACAGGACAGUUGGCGACAAGCAGUUCCUGGAUAUAUCAAGCGUCAGACGGGAUAUCAUCGAUUCAUCGGUUGUCCUCGAAUCAAGUCAGGUCAUGUCCUCCGAACUACAAAUAGACAAGCUGUUCACGAAGAUGGUGGAAAUCAUUCUGGAGUCAUGCAAUGGCUGUAACGAGUUUGAAAAUACCGGACUUGCCGUUGCUGCAGUGGGCGACCUUGAGCAUGACCAGACAUCAUCCUAUAUUGACGGCUUACCAUUCUCGGAUAUGGAAGACAAACGGGCCCAGCAGAUCUGUCACUACGUGAGGCGUACAAAGGAGGUUUUGUCCACGAUAUUAUGGAAGACGAGCGCUUCUCCAAUGUUAGCGAUGCCUACCAGGCCAAGUGCCCUCUAG